CCAAACAGAGGAGGGACACAUCUUCACUUUUAAUUGGACUGUUCAGGGGGCAUGUGUGAGGAGCCAGUUUAGUUUAUACACAUGAAGACGAACAUGCAGACAUAGUAUGCAGACAGACAUACAUUUAUAAUCUUAGUAUCAGUAUAGGACUUUGUCCAGAAGAAACCAGCAUCUCUGAGGUGGAUCUAAAACCAGUUGUCUCUACAGAAACCAGGCAAAGAUGGGAACCUGCCCAAUCAAAUGUCGAACUAACAUAGCCCAACUGGAGCAUAUACCUGAGUCUGUAUCAUUGGAGGAUCAGAUGGUAGUGUCCCUCUAUAAUUACCCCUCUCAUGGUGUCUCAGGCCACAGCAUCCACACAGGGGAGAGGCUCACAGUAAUAUCAGAUGAUGGGGAUUUCUGUAUGGUAAGAUCAACAACAACAGACCAGGAAUGCUACAUCCCCAGUGACUACACUGCCAAAGUGAUAAAAAGAUGGCUGUUUAUCAGGACCUGCAGGAUGAAGGCAGAGGAGCUGUUAUCCUUGCCCAACAACCACACAGGGGCUUUCAUGAUCCGAGAGAGUGAGACAGAACGAGAAUUCUACUCACUUUCUAUCCUUUGGAGGACGAGCUCAAACCGGAACUCGGUGAAGCACUACCGCAUCUGUCGCCUACAAAAUGGCUUCUUUUACAUUUCCCCCCGUCUCACCUUCCCCUCUCUGGACCACCUGGUCGAACACUACUCAGAGUCAGCCGAUGGAUUGUGCUGUGUUUUGAAGGAGCCUUGCUUCAUACAGGGUUCUGAAAGUGCUUCAGAGGUGACCAGGUUGUUUCCAAGGGUGAUCAGGAGGCCCACCCUCAACUGGAGAGACGUCAGCAGCUCAAUGAUUUUCAGGAAGUCAAGAGUGGACUCACAAGACUCUUUGGUGAGCGAGGGCCUGAGGGAGGCCAUAAGCUCAUACCUCUUUAUAACUGAUGCUGGCUGUGAAGACUGUGCUGUGCGCUGGAACACCUGAGGAAACGGAUGUAAAUUCACAGAGUGAAGACAUGUAGAAACAGAGGACAUUUUACUGCACUGUUUUUGUCCAGCACAGCAAGGGGCUGAGAAAGAGGGGGAGUCUGACGCAAUCAGAGCUGGUACUGAACCUUCUACGUCCUCCUUCAGCUCCAGUUUAUACCCUGAAGAAGAAAAAAUGUUUAGGCGGGGAAGGUUUUUCUGUGGAGCUUGUGGGCAUUGUAGAAUUAUAAAACCAUUAUUAUUAUGUAAGGUUAUACAGAAGAGUACACAGGAACACAGAGGAUUGUGCUGCAUGUUGAAUUUUGCUGUUUUUGGUAAAGACAUUGUCAAACUAGUCUUAUUUGUAGGUAUAAACAUCUAUUAAAGUUUACUACACUAACACA